AUGACCAUAAUUACUCGCUUCCAUCAUAAUUCUUCUGGUGCGUCCUAUUAUUUUAUGAUAACUGCCAUAAUUGUAGCUGGAUUGCAGCUUGCAACCGUCUGCGCGUAUCGUGCUAGUCAUCUCAUCGAGAUCAUGCCGAAACAAGUGACACUGGGAAAAGCUAUCAACAUCGUCCGGCUGAGCAUAGCUCUAUCGUUCUGUUGGCCGCUUCCUCCGCGCAGCAGCAGGAAAAAACUGUUCGUUUACAAAACUGCACAAUUAUUCGCGACAAUUAGCAUUAUCUCUCUGCUUCUGCCACUGUUAUACGCCAUGUACGUACGAUCCGACGAUAUGGAAACCAUCUUGCUGUGUCUCAGCCAGGUGAUAUUAACGACGCAAGGUAUCAUUCAGAUAGUUAUAUGUUUCACCAAGCAUGACACUCUGCAACGCAUAGUCGAGGAAAUGUACGUUUGCGUGAAAGAGGCGCAGCAACACGAAAGAGAGAUUUUCAACACAUACCUAGCGAAAUGCAAUGUCAUCUACGCCAGCUACAUAAUCGGCGCAUACGCCGGGGCGUCCAUUUAUUUGUGGGGACCUAUAUUGUUUUCAUUGGUCAACAUAAUACACGCGGAAUACCCAUUCGAUACUAAUCGCACGUCCAUAAGUGUCAUGGUACGGGUGCAUCAAAUCGUCGCGUGUUAUCAAUGCAGCUCGCACAUGUGUCUGUGCGUGUUCGGAGGACUUUUAAUUUGGUUCACAGCCGCAAGGUACGAGUGCCUAGCCGUUGAAAUACAGAAGAACACGAAUAUUCGUACGUUGACCACAUGCAUUCGGAAACAGUUACAUCUGAAGAGAUACGCGGAAGACGUACUUGCAUGUUUUCCAUAUAUGGUACUGUUCGUUAUAAUAAUCGCCACGUUUUUUAUGACUCUAUGUACUAUCAUGGUGGUCAUGAAUACACCAAUAAUGGUGAAAAUUAUGUACGUAGUCAUCAGUAUAUAUUAUUUCAUGUACCUUUUCAUGUACGCGUGGCCAGCUGACAAUAUGAAGGACAUGAGUUUAAGUCUUCCAACGAGCAUGUACAAUUUAGCGUGGUAUGAAAAAACGAUACGAAUGCAAAAGGACAUGCUGAAUGUGUUGACGUAUCAAAAACCA